AUGGGGUGCACAUUAUUUCCUAUUUUUGAUUUAAAUUUUGCUAUUUUUGUAUAAUUUUUUUGGUUGCCCCCACACCCGCUCCCACUUCAUGAGAGCGGAAUUACGGAGUAUCAUUUUUUUUGGUUGGUAAGUAUUCGGAUGUAAGGUCUGGUGGGCCACCUGAGUUGAGAUUUGAUGAUGAUGCUCGCCUCUGCUCUGCUAAAGGAAGGCACUAAAAAGGAGGAAUGAUAGUAGGAAAGUAUAAAAUGGUACAAAAAAGACGAAAAUGGAUGUAGUGACAUUCGGAGUCAUCGUCGGCAUAAUUCUACUGUUUCUAGCUAUUGUUUGCAUCAUCACCAUUGAAGGCACUUGCAAACGCCGUCCUUCCUAGUUCUAGUACUUCAGUAGUAACCAAACCCAACCCAAAAUUAGGGUUUCAAAUUCAGUCCACUAGAAAUGGCGUUUUCGAGUAACCAGAUCUGUUCACUUUUCCUUUUAUUAGGCCUUGUGUGUGGGUUCAUUUUGAAUCUGAGCUCUGGCCACGACGGUCACCAUUCUGCGAUCCAUGAAACAAAUGUUCAUCAUCACCACUGUAAUCAUCAUGGAGACCAUCUCCACAAUCACGACCAUCAUCAUCUUUCCCAUGAGGAGAGGACUAUUGGGUCGAAGAAGCUUCCGGAGGAAUUGGCCGAAGAAGAGGAUCUCAAACUCUACGGCUUUGGGUCCCACCUAGAUCACGAGCACCACCACGACGAUCAUGCUGCUUCCGACCUCUCUGGUCUCGGUCUUUGGAUUAAUGCGAUUGGCUGCUCGCUGUUGGUGAGCAUGGCUUCCCUAGUUUGUCUGAUUAUUUUGCCUGUAAUAUUUAUACACGGAAAACCAUCAAAUGCAGUUGUUGAUUCGUUGGCCUUAUUUGGGGCAGGAGCAAUGUUAGGGGAUGCUUUUCUUCACCAAUUGCCACAUGCCUUUGGAGGUGAACAUUCCCAUUCUCACGAUCACAAUGAACAUGCUCAUGAUCAUGUUGAUUUUGGACACCAGCAUUCACAUUCUUUAAAAGAUCUUUCCGUAGGAUUGUCCAUUUUGGCUGGAAUUGUACUCUUUCUUCUUGUAGAAAAGGUUGUGAGGUAUGUUGAUGAAAUGUCUGGAGGAGCUAAUGAAUGGAGUCAUAGCCAUCACCAUCACCAUCACAAUCAUCAUCAGGAAAACAAUAAAAAGUUAAAGGAUGACAAUGAUGCUCAUGGUAAUGCUCAGCAGCAGUCUGUUGAUGAAAAAAAUGGAAGUAUAACCGAAAUUCCAUCCGAAGGAGAAGUGUUGAAUGGAGUGUCUGAUGAAUGUUUAUCUGGACGUAAACGAAGUCAGCCUGAAUCUCUUAGGAAGCGAAACGUCGCCACUGGUGCUGAUGAAGAUGAGCCCAAUUUAGAUGCUGCAAUUGGCUCCACCAAAAAUAUUAAAUCCUUAAAUGAUAAAGAACCUGCUCGAUCACCGUCAAAUCUUGUCUUUGGUUAUCUCAAUCUCUUUUCUGAUGGUGUACACAAUUUUACGGAUGGCAUGGCUUUGGGCAGUGCUUUCCUCCUUUAUGGAUCUGUCGGUGGGUGGUCGAGGACUCUAUUUUUGCUUGCGCAUGAGCUUCCUCAAGAGAUAGGUGAUUUUGGAAUUUUGGUAAGGUCUGGUUUUAGUGUCUCCAAAGCCCUCUUCUUCAACUUUCUCUCAGCCCUGGUGGCACUUGCAGGAACUGGAUUGGCUUUGUUGUUGGGACAUGAUCCAGGAUACUCAGCUUUGAUUGAGGGAUUCACCGCGGGUGGUUUUAUCUACGUUGCAGUUGCUGGAGUGCUGGCAGAAACGAACAAUGGUAGCUCAGCUUUGAAAAGUACAGGAAUCCAGUUAACCUCACUGAUAUUGGGCAUGGCUGUUGCACUUUGUAUUUCCCUUGUUGAAUGAAACUGAUGUUUGAGAAUGUAUAAUCAUAUCAAUUCUGUACGUAUAAGGAUCAAUCUCAUUUGAUUUUUGUGUC